AGCAUUUUGUCGUUGUAGUUUUGUAGAAAUCUGACCUUUCGCUCUCGUCGCUACUGAACCCCAAUCCCCCGGCCCGCUAUGCUCGUCUCUCUGCGUUCCCUCCGACGACUCACCGCCCACCGGAGCCUCUUCCAUGGUCACUUGCCGCCUUUCCUCCGAGAAUCCUCACCUCUCCUCCUCCCAAUCUCUCUCUCUUCCUCUCUCUGCUCCGCCGCUUCCGCCGUCGUUGCUCCGGAAAAAGCAAGCGUCAGCUGCAGCGCUAUCAGUCGUCAUGUUUUGGAGGUGGAAGAUGUUCCUGUAAGAUAUCAGUAUGCUGAUGCAUAUGCGGCCAUAGAGCUUGCUCUUGAUUCGGUUGUGAAGGUCUUCACAGUUUCAUGCAGCCCCAAUUACUUUCUUCCGUGGCAGAACAAAUCUCAGAGGGAGAGUACGGGCUCUGGGUUUGUGAUUUCUGGACGACAAAUUCUAACCAACGCUCAUGUAGUAGCUGAUCACACAUUUGUUCUUGUAAGAAAGCAUGGUUCACCUACAAAGUACAAAGCAGAAGUUCAGGCUGUAGGCCAUGAAUGUGAUUUAGCACUUCUCACUGUUGAUAGUGAAGAAUUUUGGGAGGGGAUGAGUUUCUUGGAUCUAGGUGAUAUUCCAUUUUUGCAGGAAGCAGUUGCUGUCGUCGGAUACCCUCAAGGUGGAGAUAACAUCUCUGUCACCAAAGGUGUUGUUUCAAGAGUUGAGCCAACGCAAUAUGUCCAUGGCGCUGCACAGCUUAUGGCUAUCCAAAUAGAUGCAGCUAUCAACCCAGGAAAUAGUGGGGGGCCUGCAAUCAUGGGUGAUAAGGUUGCUGGAGUGGCUUUUCAAAACCUUUCAGGUGCGGAAAAUAUUGGGUACAUCAUACCUGUCCCUAUUAUCAAGCAUUUCUUAUCUGGAGUGAAAGAGAACGGAAAAUAUAUUGGGUUUUGUUCUCUUGGUUUAUCAUGCCAGCCUACUGAAAAUGCACAGUUAAGAGAGCACUUCCGCAUGCAUCUAGAAAUGACUGGUGUGCUUGUUAGCAAAAUCAAUCCUCUUUCUAACGCUUUCAAUAUAUUGGAGAAAGAUGAUAUUAUUCUAGCCUUUGAUGGUGUGCCUAUAGCAAAUGAUGGAACAGUGCCGUUCCGAAAUAGGGAGAGGAUAACGUUUGAUCACCUUGUUUCUAUGAAGAAACCAGCAGAGAAAGCUCUUCUCAGAGUGCUUAGAAAUGGCAUGGUGCAUGAACUCAGCAUUUCCCUUCAACCUCAACAGCCAUUGGUUCCUGUUCAGCAGUUUGAUAAACUACCAAGUUACUAUAUUUUUGCUGGUCUGGUCUUUAUACCAUUGACGCAGCCUUAUCUUCAUGAGUAUGGGGAUGACUGGUACAACACUUCGCCUCGCCGGCUAUGUGAACGCGCAUUACGAGAAUUGCCUAAAAAGGCCGGGGAACAGUUAGUCAUUCUUUCUCAGGUUCUAAUGGAUGACAUUAACACUGGAUAUGAGAGGCUCUCAGACUUGCAGGUGAAGAAGGUGAAUGGAAUACAGGUUGACAAUCUGAAACAUUUGUGCAGCCUUGUGGAAAGCUGCCAGGAAGAGAACUUGAGGUUUGAUUUAGAUGAUGAAAGAGUGAUUGUUUUGAACUACAGAAAUUCCAAACUGGCAACUUCUAGGAUUCUUAAACGACAUAGAAUACCUUCAGCAAUGUCUGGUGAUUUGAUUGGUGAGAUAAACUUUUCAGAAGCUAAAGCUGCUUCUUCCAGUUGAUUUGAUUGCAGGUUUGAGCUUGGAAAUUUAUUCUUUUUGGCUUCAUUUGUUCCAAAUAUUUUCUAAUCUUAGUCCUGAAUUUGCUAUUCUGUAAAUUAUCAAUGAAAUUAUGUUCUUAUUGUAGUGUA